AUGAAUUAACCAAUUUCUAUUAAUCUUAAAGAAGAAAAAGUGUGGUAUGAUAAGGGUAAUAAAUUGUUAUAUAUCGUAUUAAGGUUCAGCAUUAGCCGAUAAAAAUCAAUUUCAAGAAGCAAUUUAAUGUUUUAAUGAAGCUAUUUUUAUUAAUCCUAAAUAUGAUUUCGCUUUGAUUGGCAAGGGUAAUUUAUGUUUAUCGAAAAAUAUUAGGUAAUGCAUUAAUUAAAUUGGAGUAAUAUUAAGAUGCAAUUAAUUGUUACACCGAAGCUAUUUAUAUUAAUCCUAAAUCUGAAACUGCAUGGAGUGGCAAAGGUAAUUUAAUGUUCAUUAUUAAAAAUUAGGAUAUGCUUUAGGCAGUUUGUAUCAAUAUGAUGAAGCAAUUGAUUGUUUCAAGUAAGCCAUUUCUAUUAACCCUAAAUAUGAUGAUGCAUGGAAUUGGAAGGGUAAAAACUUUGUUCAAUUAUUAUAAUUAGGAAUUUCAUUAAGAAAUUUGAAUCAAGACUAAGAAGCAAUUAAAUGUUUCAAUGAAG